AACUAUUCUGCCAGGAAGAGUGUAAGGCACCUUUUCCUCAAAGGAAAGAAUUAAAUAUCAUUUCUCACACUGUUUCAACUUUGAGGGAAAGAAAAAAGUCAGGUUUUGUUAUAAAUUCUUGAAGGUUUUCCAUUCCCCAAUACGUGAAAAAGGUAGGGUUGCUGGUGGUUGGCCUUGAAGGAGCUCCUGUUGUGGCGUUGCAGGAAACAAUUAAAGUUUUUAUGGCAAGUUGCAAGGGUUUCAGAGCCAUGCUUAAUCUUUGGCAUGUUGGAUAACACCUUCCUGCUCCAGAUCUCACCCACAUUGCAAGAGGAAGAUGAGUAAUAUCACGCUGCAUGCAGAGGGAGGGUUUUAAGGAAUUGAAGACAGACCCACGUGUUAGACAUCUCCAGGAUGAAGAGCUCGAUGAUGGUGUUAGUAGAUCAUGACUGUCUUCAAGUUGUGUAUUGACAGCAGAUAAUGUGAUAUAUAGUCCCCCUCAUUGCAAGAUUAUCAAUACGAGCCACAAAUUAUAAUAACCCAGAAAAUCUUCCAGGUUACAAGUUUUAGGGACCGUCAUCAUUAACAGCAUCAAUGGCACAAGAAAUAAGCUACAAUGAGUUGCUUGAUUCUGUUUUAGAAAGAAUGGCUGAAAUUGAUCCUAAUUUUUCCGUUGAUGCUACCAGAACAUCAGUAGAGUCUGAUGAGAAUUUAAGAUCAAUUUUGAUCGGUGAGGAAAUUGAUACACGCCAAUGGAUAGAAGUUAUGGCAAAAGAUCUCACAUCAAACCAUAAGUGUCAAGGUGAUUGUAAACUGAGGACUAGUUACAAUUUACAUGAUCUAUUUGUGAAGAAGAAAACAGUAGAAAGAGAAUUGCGUCUUCAAAGUCAACAAGCCACAACCAAAUUCACUGUGAUUAGUAGCGAUGAGAGGAAAAGAAUGAGCUCAAAAGGCUAUGAAUAUAUUCAUUUAGAUGGUGUUGAAAUUACUUGUUGCUCUAAUCUUCCACCUGGAUCUGAUGGAUUUGUACUUGCUGCUGUGUAUGAUCUCCGACAUAUAAAAGCUAAAGAAGGUUUCUUAGGAUUAAUGGCUUUUCCGCUGGGAUUAAGGAAAAGUUCUGCUGUCAUUAGAACCAAUUACUGUAUCAGUAUUCAAGAUUCUAUUAAUUGGGCAGUUUUAAUUUGUGAACAUGGCCUGAAAGACAAGUUUCGUCCUUAUACAAUAAGGAUGAAAAGUGUUCAUAAAUACGUAAGGAACAUUGGCAAAUUCACUUUUGCUUCUGACAGUGAAAAUGAACAAAUUUUUCACAUUCCUAUUGAAGCAAGUAAAAAUGUUCAAGUCAUUGAGGCUGUUAAACAAACAUUAUGCAAAACUUCAACACGACUGUUGAUGGAUAACAUAUUUAAUGCCUCAGAUAGAGAAAAAAAAAUGUCUUUUGAGAAGUCAUGAAGGUCUUAUGUCUAAGUUUAGUCGAUCUUUGAGCUUGGACACAAGAUCUAAUUUCCAAAACCAAAGUGAAGCUGAGAGAAGAAAGUCUUCUUACCUUGUGACAAACCAGUUGAAGGAGGAGGAAAGAGCCGGCGGUUCAAGUUUAGUGGAUACAGAACUAAGAAGAGAUAGCAGAGGAAACCUAUGAAGGGUCAAGGGUGGUAAAAAGGCAUUAAAAGACAGUGACAGGGGUAUGAGAAGUUUUUCUCAUAAGUUGUAGAUAACAAAGAAGAAAGGUGAAAGGACAGACAAUACCUUAGGGGAAGAGACGGGAUUUUUGUACAGACACUGAUGUUAGUUUCUUUAUUUUAGUGCGUAGGUCUUCUAUGGAGUUGUUUGGUCUAGUUUAAUGAGAAUAGUUGUGUGUUUGCAGUUGUUUUAUUUAUGGGUGUGUUACAGCAGUAUGCUACUGUUAUAAUGUUUGUAACAGAUUAUAUCUUUGGUAUUUUCAUUUGGAAGUCGAACAGUGACAUCUGUGAUGUUUUGAGUGAUUCAGGUGAAAUGUAGAAGUGAUAUAUUUGUGAGUUUUGUUUAAUAUUUUGGAGUUUGGGAGAAUUUGUGUUCAGUU